AUGAGAGCAAUGGAAGAUGACCUAAAGUUAAUAGAAGAACAGAAGACAGAAGUGGAAGAUAAGCUGAAAAUGGUGGAGCGAGAAAACAAGGAAUUGGAGUACGAAGUUGGAGAACUAGGCAAGCAGAAAAGACUGUUGGAAGAGAAAAGAACAGGCCAACGACCAAGAAAGAAUCAGAUUUGGGGGGUUUCAUUUUUGUCAUUGGGUCUUGGGUUUUUGGUGAUUAUGAUGAUGCACUGUGUCUUGAGCAAUUGGUUGACAUUUCCGGGUGGAAACUAUGAAAAGCUUAUGAUCAAUUAG